CUCAAGAGAUGAACUUGUGGCACUCAUCGCAGAACUGGAUUCAGAGACUCCCCCGGGAGCCAGCAGAGAAAUGUCAGUUGAUGGAAGUCGUAGUGGAACAGCUACACCCAUGGGACUGAGUGAAGCACCCACGCCUGUUGACAGCAAGGCUGCCACUCCAGUUGCCAGUGGGAGAACUUCACCCAUCCUAGAUACAGGCCAGGACAAGGAAAACGACCAGAUUGACAAAUCUGAAGAGAAAGUCAAACCGAAGGUUGUGGAAGUUGAGAAGAUUAAGGAGAAACUAGAGGGAGAGAAAACAAAACUAGUGAGUGAAGAAGGUGGAGAACCACUUGACAGAGUGGAGAAUGAGAUAAAGAAAGAAAUUGCGCCAGAGGGCAAAACAGAAACCAUCUGUGAUGAGAAGAAAGAAUCUGUGGAGGAGAAGGUAGAAGAAAAGGUUAAGGAAGAAGAGAAGCAUGAUUUGAAAGCAGAAGACAGAGAGGAAGCAAAAUUACAGAAAGAAAAAAUUGAAGAGAAAACUGAAGAAAAGCCACAGGAGAAAGAAAGAAGGGAUUCAUCUGAAAGUAAAGUAAAAGAACCCUUACAGGAAGACCAAGUACAAGAGAGGUUGCAGAAGGACAAAACUAAAGAAAAGGUGAUAGAGGAAGUAACUGAGAAGUCGAAGGAUUUGCCAAAGGAAGUAAUAUUGAAGGAGAAUGUAAAGGAAGAAGACACAAAGGCAUCCUUACAAGAGGAAAAGGCAAAGGAAAUCAUAAAAGAAGAGAAGACAAAGGAAACUUCGCAAGAGGAAAAAACGAAGGAAACAUUACAAGUGGAAAAGAAAAUAGAAACAUCAAAAGAAGAGAAAGCAGAUGAAACUUUACAAGGGGAAAAGCCAAAGGAGACACCAAAAGCUGUGAAAACAUAUGAAAAAUUGCCUGAAGAAAAACCAGCAGACUUGGCAAGGGCAAAACUUGAUGCUGAAAAGGGAAAGGUUGACACAAAAGACGAAAAGGUUGUAGCUGUUGAAGAAAGUAAAUCAUCAGGAAAGCAAGUAAGCAAAGAAGAAAGUGUGACAGAUAAGGCUGAAAAGAACAUUAAAAAGGAAGAAGAUAACAGACUCUCAAAGCCUGAGGAGACUGAAACACAAAAGAAAGACAGUCUGCCUCACACUCAAAAGGAAACAGUUCAUGUGGAAACAAAGCCUGUGGUGAAGUCAGGGGAGCAAGACAAGAAAACAGAAGGAGAACCCGUAAAGAAAACGGAAGGAGAACCCGUAAAGAAAAUAGAAGGAGAACCCGUAAAGAAAAUAGAAAGAGAACAAGAAAAGAAAACUGAAAGAGAACAAGAAAAAACUGGAGGAGAACAAGAAAAGAAAACUGAAAGAGAACAAGAAAAGAAAACUGAAAGAGAACAAGAAAAGAAAACUGAAGGAGAACAGGGAAAGAAAACAGAAGAAAAGGCACCUCUGCCAGUGCCUGUCAAGCCUGAAGUUGGUGUCUCCUCACUUUGUGAAGAUAUAAAAGCAAAGAAAGACAAAUUGGAAAAAGAGAAAAAUCUGCAGGAAGAAGAGAGAGACAGAGGAAAGUUUGGGUUCAGUGAAAAGUUUGAGGUUAAGAAAAAAGAGAGUGUGUGGGACAAGUUGAACAAAAUGAAGGAAGUUAAGGAGGAAGCAAAGGAACUCCAUAAGAGAGGAGUAGAAACAGCCAAAAAGGAAGUGCCUGAGAGCAAAGAUCUGAUUGGAGGCUACAAGCCCAGUGUGGCAAAACCUGGAUCUGAUGUGCAAAAGGGAAUACCCGAGAAGGACAAGAGUUCCGAGGCCACGAAAGAGGAGAAGGAAAGUUCUCAAGUGGCCAAACCAAACACAGACAAAUCCUCAAUCAAGGUUAGUGAAUCUUUACCAAAACUUGAAGAUAAGCCAGCAACUACUUCGAGUGGUGAGAAAUUGACUGAAGGACUCAAAGGCACAGUGCAGGAGUCCCAGAAGCCAUCUAGUGUAAGUACCAUUGUCAGUCCUUCAACCGUGCUAUUAAACACUCCCUCCAGUACCUUACAAGCUGAUAAUACUAUUACUGCAUCCUUGAAAAAACCACUAGCUGUUUCUCCAACAAGAGAUGAAAGUACUCAUGAGCCUCCACAGAAGAAAUUAAAGGUGGAAGAUAUUAAACCUCUUGAAUCUCAGAAAAGUCCUCCCGUUGAGGAGCACAAAAACAUAACUCAGAUCUGUGAAUCAGUAGGUAAAGGGGGACAACUUUUAAAUAAGUCAGAUUCUGCACCAAGCAGUACACAGUCUGAGGUUAAGCUUAGUGUGAAAUCAGAAACAAGUGGAAGGAAGUCUCCUUCUACAGAAGGUAAACAAAUACCUUUUGAUAAAGAUUCUGAUAAAAUAAAAAAUGCUACUGAGCCAUUAAAAAGUGAAAAUCUAGUUGUAGAUACAAAGAAAGUUCAUUCUGAUACAGACAAAAGUCUGUGCAAGCCAGUUCAAAAUAUUAAAUCUGAAAGUGCAAAAGUAGAUCAGGAAAAGGUAGAUACAAAUAUUCCAAGUGCAAGUAACACAUCACAUUUGAAAGAUGAAACUAAGAAAAUCAACGAAGAAGUUAGUAAGUGCAUACCAGUGUUGGAAGAAAGUAAAAGUGAAAGGCAGAAAGAUUUAAUUGGAGAAGAAAAAAUGGAAGUGGAGCCAUCCAGUUCAGACAAAGAAAGAAAUACCACCAAUGUAUCUCCUAAAACUGACACAGGUGCUUUACCAGUAAAGGAUGAAAAGAUGGAGGUGGAAUCAUCAAGUGAGCCCAAACCUUGUGAACCUCCUGACAAAACUGGAGUUAAUGAUGAAAAGAAAUCAACACCUGAAGACUCGAAGAUGGAAGUUGAUGAGGCAGUCCCAGAGGAGCAGCCAUCACAGAAAGACUCAGCUAGUGAGGCAAAAAUGGAUGUUGACAAGAAACCAAGCGAUUCAACAGAUACAAACAGUGCAAAACCCAUAGGACCAGAACCUGAAGUAGGGGAAGCAAUCACAGAACCUGUCAUGUUGGUGAAGGGGGAUGGUGAAGGUGCUGCUUGUGAGGCAGGAAACCCACUGCUGGACAGUGAUAUUGAAUGUCACACAGACUCUUCAAAGCCUUGGUGGGAGUGUUUUAGUAGAAGUGAUAGUUCAGGUGAUAGUGUAGGGGAAGCUGUAACAGAAGAAAUAAUGUAUUUCUGGGGAGAGGGCAAUGGUGCUGAUUGUGAUGCCGGAAAUAAUGGUGAUGAAACCGAAACUAAUUCUGAUGCAAAGCAAGCUGACAGUGGGGGGAGUAGUGCAGCUGUUACAGCAGAAAGUCAAGGAAACCCAACACCAAGUGAAAUAAAGCCCCAAAAGGAGGUUGAUAGUUUAAGACCUGACAAUGAAGCGAAAGUAGUUGAUGGAGUUCCAGACAGUGAUGAAACAAAAGUUAAUGGAAUAAGAACUAUAGACUCAACAGAAAAGACAGAGAAAAGUUUAAGUAUGACUGAAAAAACAGGGGAAUUGGUUGAGAAACAUAGUGUUAAUGGUAAGAAAACUAAGGAGAACAGUGAUGAGUGCAAUGAUAGAAAUAAGAGUGAAGUGGAUGCAGUAAAUGAUAAAGAGGAAGUAGUGGAGGAAAAAACUAAAUCAGAAUCAUUUGAGAAUGAAGAUAAGCUUUUGACAAAUGACAAAGAAGAAGAGAUAGAAAAUGCUGAGGAGACAAAUGAUACAGAAAAUGUCAGCAUAGAAAAAAAGGAGGUAGCAAAGGAGGAUGACGAAUCAUCUAUAAAAGAGGAAGAGAAAAAGGACAGUGAAAGUGAAGAGGAAGAUGAAGAAGAAUCCAAACCAGUUAAAAGAGGCCGCGGCAGGCCUUUCGGUACUCACAAAAAACGUCUGAAAGGCAGAGGAAGGCCAGUGAGGAAGGCGGCUGAUGAGCAAGCCCAAGGUAGUGAUGGUGAAAAUGAAGAAAAGGAAGGGGAAGCAGACAAUGAUGCAGAUGAGGACGAAGACAAAUCACCAAGUAAAAAGAGAAGACAACGAGGGAAAGGGAGCACUGCACGGCCAUUGCCUGAUGUUCCUAGACAGAGGUCAGCACGUAUUGCUAAGAUAAGAGAGAAAGAGGAAAUGGAGAGAAGAGAGCUGGAAGCUCAACGAAUGAAACAGCUGGCAGAAGAAAAUCGGCUGAAGGAGCUCAAGAGGAAGGCCAGAGAAGAGAGACGAUCACUAAGGGAACUGAAGAAAGGAAGGCGGGAAAGGAAAGAGAAAAAGGAUAGAGAAAAAAAGAAAAAGAAAAAGAAAAAGCGGGGAAAGAAGAAAAGAGCUCAUCCAAAUGAUCCAUGGGAAAACUCCUCGACUUCAUCCAGUUCAAGUACUGAGGAAGAGGAAGAAUAUGACCUAGAAGAAGAAGAAGAUGAAAAUCUUGUGUUCAAGAGUGACCAUGAAUUUUCUCCUGAAUCAGAUGUCGAAGAGGCUGAUGCUCAGCCAAUUAAAAGAGCAAGAACAGCAAAGAAAGUCACAAGUGAAAGUGAAGUUGAGGACCAACCAGAGGAGGAAGAAGAGGACGAAGAGGAAGAGGAGGAAGACCAAACCCAAUGUACAAAAUGUGGCCAUGAUGAUCAUCCCGAGACCAUCUUACUCUGUGACAAUUGUGACGCAGGCUGGCAUCUUUCCUGUCUCCGCCCACCUCUACUUAGCGUUCCCGAAGGGGACUGGAUUUGCCCCUCUUGUGAACAUGUUCUGCUCGUCAACAAGCUGAAAAACCUCCUAAAUGAAUUUGAUGAGUGCCAGAAAAGGGCUCAUAAUGAAGAAUUAAGAAGACAGAGACUUGCAUAUGUCAGUGUUUCAAUGUCUAAUGUCCUGCCUGAAGAUAAGAAGAAAAAGAAGAAGCGGGCAGAGGAUGGGGAAGAUGAUGACGAGGACGAUGAGUCCGGAAGCGAAACGGAUUCAGAUGAAUCAGACAGUGAAAGUGAUGAUGACAGUAGUUCAUCUAGUGAGAGUUCAUCGGGAUCCUCAGCACCUCUCUACACUCUAAGAGCCCGCAGUGCUCGAACCUUAAGGGAACAGGUUGAGGACUUUGAUGAAAUGAUAAAUGAAGCCAUCAGGGAUGAAAUGGAAGCAGCAGCAGGAGCAGGGAAUGCGGGCAGAGGGAAAGACAUUGACAACAUCAUCCAAGCAAAUGAUGAAGAGAUGAUGGAAACAGAAGAAGCAGUCUUGGAUGAAGAUGUGAAAGAGGAAGCAGAAUGGGAGAGUAAAGAAUGUGUGGAUGGCCAUGGGAAGUUAAAAGAGGGGGAAGAGGAUGAAGAAAAUGAGAAUGAGGAAAAUAAGCAAGAUGAAGAGGAAGAGGGAGAAGAAGAUAGGUUGAAGGAAGAAGAAGAAGAAGAAGAGGACGAGGAGGAUGUUGCUCCUAAGAGAAAGAAGGCCAAACCACCACCAUCAUCAGAUCAUGAUGGUAGUGGCAAUGAUGAGGACUAUCAUGAGAGUGAUGAGCAAAAUGAAGAGGAUUCAGACUCAGAUGACAUGAAAAAUGUUAGAAAACGAGGGAGGAAAAUGUCAAACUUAGUAGUAAAGAAGAAGCGACGGUUAACAGACUUAGAUGCUGUUGAUGAAGAUGAUGCCAGUGAUGAAGAUUUCAUAAAUACAAGUGAGGAGGAGGAAGAGGAGACCGAGGAGUCAGUGGAAUCAUCAUCAUCUUUGGCAACGGAGGUGGAGAGUGAUGACUCAGAUGUUGUUGGUUCAAAAAGAAGACGUAGCAGUAGAUGGGAGAACUUGCCACUGCGUCGUUCUGCUCGUAAUCGACGAGGUGGAGAUGAUUAUGAUAGUGAAAUGGAUGAAAGAGUUUCUAAAAAACAGAAGAAUAAAAAGAAGAAGAGACGAAAACAAAGUUCCAGUGAAGAAGAUGAGGAUGAACUUAGUUCAGACAGUGACAGAAGUUAUAGAAGGAGAAAGAAAAUAAGGAAGAGACCGCAGGCAAAAGUCAAAGGUCGCAGAGGUUCAAAUAAAGCCAGAGGUGGAAGGAAAAAUGCAAAAUCUAAACAAAAACAGAAAGCUAAAGCCCCAGCAGGAGAUGAUAAAGAAAAGAAACCAAGAAUAAAGUACUCAAAACCACCGAAGCCAAAAGACGAAGAUCAAGAAGAAGAAACUCUGGCUCAGCGAAGAGUGACAAGAGGACGACAAGUUAACUACUAUGACGCUCUCCUUAUGUCAGAUGAAACAGAAGAGGAAGAGGUGGGUACCAAGCCCCAAAAGAAAUGGAGAGGGAAGGUGAUGAAAGGAGAACGUGUCCCAACAGAGAGCAGUGAAUAUGAAGCUUCCGAUGAUGAAAGAAUGAAACGCCGAGGAGUCAGUGGGGGCCUUGGUCGGGGCAAAGUCAUGAAGGGAGAAGAAGAGGAUGAGGAGAAUAAGUCAAAUAAAGGAAAAAAGAAAAGAGGUCGACCAAAGAAGGAUGAAUUAAUUGGAAAGCCUUCUCCAACUAGACCAUCCACGAUCCAACCUACACCAGUUACUACUGUAGCAUCAGCAACAUUGGUACCCUCUGCUCCAGCAGUUCCAUCUGCUCAAGCAGCUCCAGCUGUUCCAGCUGUCCCAGCUGUACCAUCUGUACCAUCUAUACCAUCUGUACCUGCUGCACCUGCUGCUGCCUCUCCUAUUCACCACACGCCAGAACCUGUGGCAUCUGGCACCCCACCUCCUACAAACCCAGCUACUUUACAAACUAACACAGCUUUGCCAACUACCAUAGCAGUUUCUGCAAACAUUGUUGCUGCAGCUAUGGGAAGCAAUGCAGCUCCAGUUAAUUUAGGAAAUAAUAGUCCUGGUCAUCAACAACCUUUAGGUAAAUGGUCUCCUCAUUUGUCUGGUGUCAGUGGUGCUCCGGGGACACCUCCUAGGUCAGGGAUGGGUCCCUCUCCUGGUGCAGGAACACCACCAACCCUCCCUGGUUUGUCUGGGGCUCCUGUUACAGCUUCACCACCACCACCCUACAGAUCCUCACCUUUGCCAUUAACCCCUAGUGGACCAGGAUUACCUCCUGGUAGCACAGCACCUAGUAAUAUGCCCCCAGUUGGACCCCCUACAUCAACAGUGGUUCACUCACCAGGUUAUCCACCAUACAGACCUUCAGAACACUUCCCAGCUCAUCCAGCCUUCUCUGGAUAUCCUCCACCUGGCAGACAUUCUCCUAAUCCACAUGGGGUACCAUCAAGACACCCAGCACAUUUACCACCUGGACAUUCUCUUCCUCGCAUGUCUGCUGGUGCAUACGCCCCCCCACCACACCCUAGUGGUCCAGGUCCAUAUCCCCCAAGAGGUGUGCCCCCUCACCCAGGCGUAUUGCGAGGACCACCACAUGACUUAUACAGACCACCACCAUCUGGUCACCCUGGUCAUGGAUCACCAAGUCAUCCUGGCCAUCCCCAUCUUGUGAUGAAAUCUAGCUAUCCUGGUUUAGAACCAUUACCCUAUGCUGGAUCCCCUGGCCCGAGUCCAGGUCCCAUUGGGCUUCACCAGGGAGCCCAGGGUUCACCAGCUCGGCAGUCACCCAGUGAUGACAGCAAGGACGAAAGUCUGUCAUCUAAAGGGCCUGGGGAAUUCAGUAGUGGCUUAAUGUCCUACUUUUCUAGCCAGCGUGAUGAUGAUGUUGAGUAAUGUGGAUCAUUUCAGCUUAGAAUGGCAACUCUUCUCGGCAGUUUCAUGGAGGACAUGUAUUUACUCCCUAAUAUUUUUGUAUUCUCAUUUUUGUAAGGUCUCGAGCAAUGGCGCAUAUUUCAUGUUUCAUGUUGACUUAUUCUCAUUCAUAAUGGGUACUGACAGCAGUAACAAAAUUUAUUCUGUGCAUCUUACUUUCCUGAUCAGAUUUAUGAAUUUUGUUGUUUUUGGGUUGAAGCACAAAUUGGGUUCGUGCUGUUGUGGUUUUGAGACCAGACAUUUUACCUGAAGUAAAUUAUUAGUAAAGUGCAGAGAUAUUUUAGAUAUGAUUUUUUUGUGUCUUGUAUGUGUUGUAGUGCUGUACAUAGGAAGCUUUUUGUAUUUCCUUCAAAGGAUUCUGUAAAAUAAUGUGCAAAGUUACAAAGCUAUAAUAAAACUAGGAGAUAACACA